CGAUGGGCGAGGAGCAGAGCACGGUGAGCGGCGGCGGCGCGGCCCCGGAGGCGCGGCCCCCGGCCAGCGGCGUCCCCGGUCCCCACGAGUCUCCGAGGCCGCGGGGGGACCUCGCCGGGGCUCCCGGGCCGCGCACCGCCUCCGCCGAGCCGAACGACGGUGGCUGCAGAGGCGACUUGGGCUGCGUGGACCCGAGCACCCCGGAGCCCGCGAGGACCCUGGGGGCCCCGGGCCGGAGGAAGAGCCCAGCGGCCGGGCAGCCCGCGGGAUUGGCACUGCCCGGGCCCCUCAAUCCUCAGACUUUGCAGCAGCAGCUGGAAGAGGAGGAGGAGGAAGCUGGGGACCGAAACGAGGAAGGGGAUGAACAGCAGGAGGCGCCCCCCGGCGAGGAGCAGGAGCCCAGGACCCGCGCUGGGGCCCCGGACCAACUGGUCCUGGACGUGCUGGCCCCGCGACGCCCGCUCUCAGCCAAGAGACAAGUCUUCUGCUCCGUGUUCUGCGUGGAGAACGACCUGCCCGAGGUCCCCACCGCGGAGCAGCUCUCGCCGCCCGCCUUGCCACCUCGGGCUCCGCCGGUGACUAACCCGCCCAGCACCCCGUCCUCCUUCCCCAGCCCCCGGCUGUCCCACCCAGCGGACCCCCUGUCCCCCGACGGCGGCAGCAUCGAGCUGGAGUUCUACCUGGCGCCCGAGCCCUUCUCCGUGCCCAGCCUGUUGGGAGCCCCACCCUACUCUGGCCUGGGAGGGGUAGGGGAUGCCUAUGCGCCCCUCAUGGUGCUGAUGUGCCGGGUGUGCCUGGAGGACAAGCCCAUCAAGCCCUUGCCCUGCUGCAAGAAGGCCGUGUGCGAGGAAUGCCUCAAAGUCUACCUGAGCUCCCAGGUACAACUUGGCCAAGUAGAAAUCAAAUGCCCUAUCACAGAAUGUUUUGAGUUCCUGGAAGAAACAACGGUUAUCUAUAACUUAACGCAUGAAGACUCCAUCAAAUAUAAGUACUUCUUGGAACUUGGCCGCAUUGAUUCCAGCACCAAGCCAUGUCCUCAGUGCAAGCACUUUACAACCUUCAAGAAAAAGGGACAUAUUCCCACCCCUUCCAGAUCAGAAAGCAAAUACAAAAUCCAGUGCCCCACUUGCCAAUUCGUCUGGUGUUUUAAGUGCCACUCUCCUUGGCAUGAAGGUGUUAACUGCAAGGAGUACAAAAAAGGAGACAAAUUGUUGCGUCACUGGGCCAGCGAAAUUGAGCACGGGCAGAGGAAUGCCCAGAAGUGUCCAAAGUGCAAGAUCCACAUCCAGAGAACUGAAGGAUGUGACCAUAUGACCUGUUCACAGUGUAACACUAAUUUUUGUUAUCGAUGUGGGGAGAGAUACCGCCAGCUCCGUUUCUUUGGAGAUCACACAUCAAACCUCAGUAUAUUUGGAUGCAAAUAUCGCUACCUCCCAGAGAGACCUCAUCUAAGGAGAUUAGUGCGAGGGUCGGUCUGUGCUGGAAAAUUAUUCGUUGCACCUCUAAUCCUGGUUUUGGGAUUAGCACUAGGGGCCAUAGCAGUUGUAAUCGGUUUAUUUGUAUUUCCUAUCUACUGCCUUUGUAAAAAACAGAGAAAACGGUCACGGACAGGUAUGCACUGGUAAAAUGCAGAUGAUUUCAUCGAGCUAAGCUGGUCCAGGUGGGAGCUCUACAGAAUGGGCCACCUGUCUGAGAGCCACAUCUUGAGAAACGCUGGGAGGACCCGUCUCCAUCCCGUCUCCCCGUGGUUCUCUGCAUGCCACAAUGCCUCGGCUCUGGUGCACUCCCAACAUGGUAUCCUGUCCUUUCCUCUACAGAUUGCUGCUUUUGAAAAUGGUCACUUUCGUAAACUAUAAACAUCUGUUUCAUGACUCUGACCUUCCUAAUGGUUCUUGGAAGAAAAUAUUUUGAUUAAGAACCAGUUAUCCUCAGAGUUGUCUGAGCGUGCCUCUCCUGAGCAUUGCUUGGACUGUCUUUGUACCUGAACUUCCCUCCAGGCCACCUUGUGAGACUCCAUGUGAAUAGUUGAAGUCCACCUCCACCAACAAGCGAAGCCACUUUUCAGAAGAUAAAGGCUCAUCAUCUCCACCUGUUUCCAUCAGUGGCCCAGGCAGUAUAAUUCCUUUAUCCUUCAGAUGCUAUAAUUGUUAAAAAUCUCAAUGCCCAAAAGGGAACUCAUGAAACUAAAUUAAUGGGAAGAAUCAUGAGUUACUCAAGUGUGUAUGUGUAGGGGUGUGAAUGUGCGUGUAUAUAAAUAUCUGUAUUAAAACUAGGUCCAGUAACCUUUACAUGUCCAGUUCCAUGCCUCUAUGCUGUUUUUCCAUAUUUUCAUAGACCUAUUUAAAGAUGAUCGUUCCUUUGUGGGCAUAAUUUGGUAAUGUACUGAAUUAAAGUCAAUGUAGACAACAGGCUAUUUUGAUGUUGACCCUUUCUAUUUCUUGCUCUCUCUUUCUGUCUCAUACACACACAGAAGUUUGUGCUAUGUCACUCCAGGAUUAUCGAAUUUUAUAAACUGACAAACUCAUAGGUGGCUUUUAGGAAAUUCUCAAGACCUGAUCUUUGGGUCUUUUCAGAUUUGUUAUAUUUUGGCAUACAUACUUCACUAUAUGAAUAAAUCCUUCAGGCAGGAUUAGUUAAUUUAAAUAACAAGUCUGAUGUAGAGAAAACUGCCUAAGCCUUUAGACAAAUCCUUAUUCUGCAUAUUUCUUAACCAACUUGUAAUUAUAGAUAAUUCUGCUUUAGGUCAAGAUGUGACAUUAUUUAAUACCCCGCCCUCUCACCUCUCCUCUCUCUUUUCCUCUCUUUUUGUCCCCAAGUUUUUCAUGAAAACAAAUACUAGUUUUGAAGGAUUUUCCUUAUUUUUACUGUUCGAAUGCAUAAUAAUGUGUUGGUAUCUUUUUAUGGAGGGGUAAUUUAGAAACAAAACCUUUUGUGUUUAUGGGUUUAUCCAAAACAUAAACUGCUUUUGGAGAAGGAAGCAAAAAAAAAAUGCAGGAAAUAUUUUCAGGAAGUUUUACCAAGCUGAGGAGUCUUUAAAAAUAAGAAAAGAACAAGGAACUAAACUAUGUUAUUCCUUUGUUUUCAUCAUGAAAGUCAUCAGCAGAAAGGAAGUAAAGACCCCUAAGAAACCUAAAGUUUCCACUUGUUUCCAAAUCCUUAGAAUUAGCUAUCUGCAUAGAUGUAGCAUUUAUUUGUCCCCAACCUUGUCUCAAUUGGAAUAGAUUAUGUGAUAAAACAUGCAUUAACAUGGAUAGUUUGUCUUGUUGGAGUAUAAGAACCUUUAUCAUCUUUAUUUGACCUAAAAAGUCCAUGAUAGUGAAGUUUACUUGCAGGGAUAACAAGCCAGCACACUUCUGUUCUUUCUGAAUAACACUCAGAAUAGCUGCACUGUAGCUUCUGGACUAGUCUGUCUCCAGUUAGAGGAGAGUGUACCAUUUAUGGUUCUGGAAUGGCAUAUUUCUAAAGCAUAACCUGAUACCAGAAAAAGUGAUGCUCUAGUUUCACAAAUUCACCUUUCCAUUCAUCCAUACGUCCAUCUGUCCAUUCAACAAAUAUUUAUUGAGUGCCUACUCUGCAUGCUUUAGUAUUAAAACUGAGAGAAGAAUUUCUAGCAUAAAUCCAUGUAAUUCUGUCAAAAAGUACUUAAUUUUUAUAAAUUCGUCUUUCUCAGACUUAGCUGUUAGUGUGACGAUAUGUGAAUGUGAUGAAUUCUAAAUCUAGUGGCUAUGUUUGCGUAUAUAUGUAUAUAUGUGUGUAUAUAUAUGUAUACACACACAUAUAUAAUGUUUCCAUAGAUGCAUAUGAAUACAUAUGCCACAUACAUAUAUACCAACUGGCUAAAUAAUAUACUCUCUGGUCUUAGAUAAUCUAUUUUCUUAGGUUAUUGUAUCUGUUGUCUUUGGCCUACUCAGGGAUUUUUAUUCCUUUCUUUGGAUAACUUAUCUUUGGAGAUAUUUUUAUAUUAUUUGGAAAUGUUCCAAUUUUCCAGUUACAAAGUAGUAUCUGUUAUCAGUGAAGGCUGUUUCAUCACUGCUUGAGCUGGUGCGCACUGUGUUGCACAGGGUUUUCGUUUUUCUAUAGCAUAGAUUUUGAAAAAUUAAUGUAUACAUUUGUCUCUUUAGAAGUUGGUAUAUAUUAGGCCUUGCCCUGUUGGUGACUUAAAGUAAUUAUUUGUGAAUUUUUUACUAAAGGUCAUCAAGAUCUUAAAAAGAGGGAGAAAAUAAAAAGGAUUAUUUAUGUUAGUGCCAACAAUGAAGGUAAAAAGUAACAACUUUGGGAUGAAUUCUAAAAACUACUUUAACAAAAAGAAGCUUGCACAUAAUAUAAAUGUCUUUCUAUCCAAGGCUUGUCACUUUUUUAUAUAUUUUUAUUGUAAAUUUAAUAUAUACUUCUUUAAAAAACAUCACACCAUAUAGAAUUAUAAAAUAAAUAUUCCUCUGAUUACUCCACCCCUUAUUUUCUAGGGGUGACCACUGUUAAUGGUUUGGUAUGUGUCCUUCCAGACACUUCUACAAAUAUACAAAUAAGUGUGUGUGUGUAUGCAUCUGUGUGUGUAUUAGUUUUAUACAAAUAGAAUGAUAAUAUUCUUACUGUCCUGUGACUACUUUUCAUUUUAGUAUAUAUUGGUGGACACCUUUCCAUAAGAGUUUAAAUAAAUUUACCUCAUUGUUUUGUAAAUUACUGCAUAUUCCAUUGUGGGGCUAAGCUUUAAUUUAUUUAAUUAGUCCCUAUUGAAUGGACAUUGGGAUUAUUUUCACUUCUCUAUUACAAAGCAUCAGUGAAGAUCCUUUACAUAUAUUUUUGUCACUUUGUGUGAACAUUUCCAUAAGUUUUUAAAUUUGGUUUUUAUAAGAUAUUUUUAAUAAAAUUUUAAUGCAUUUUCAGUGAAUGAGAUCCUAGAGAUAACAUAUUUGAGAUCCUUUUCUUGGAGGAAGAAAAGAUUGUAUAAAAGUGCAUAAUUUUUAAAGAAAAACACCUUGUGCGAGAUGAUUUUCCCCCUCUUGGUUAGCCAAAUAAAUACCUUGCCAAAACUAAUUUUAAAAAUUCACAUUAUUCCAGUAAAAAUAAAUGCAUGAGAUAUCUAAAGAUAUGUGAGAAAGAUGCAUUGAUAUUUGGAUUGCCUAGUUUUAAAACUUGAGGGAAUUACAUGAAAUAGCCAAAUUGAUAAUGUUUGUCACAUUUUUUAAAACACUAUCCAUGUUCAUGCAUGUUGCUCCACAAAGGAAUUUAAUCAUGCCAUUGUGAAAAGCAUGAAGCAAUAUAUUGGCAAAUAUGAAUGACCACAGUUAUCCAUAGAAAAAUAAAUUAGGCUACAUGUAAAAGUUUGCUGGUUUGUUGGGAUGCUUAUAAAUUGUGGAAUAAUAUGAAACAUUCAUUUUACAAUAAAUCCCAGCACUUCCCUAAGAACUUCUGUAUGUGGAGUUAACAAGAGGAGAGGGAGCCAUACCCUUUGACACAAGCAACAUCCUCUUGCCAUCACCUUGGUUUUCUGGUAGAAGCUAUUGCAUCCUAGAGGGAGAACAGACAGGAAAACAAAGAUAAUUAAACACCAGUCAGGUUACAACCUGAUAUCUUUAAUUGUGCUUUCCCUGCUGUGGUGUCAGGAUUCAGUGGUGUCAGGAGAGUCUCUGUCCUUUGCCAGCCACCAUCUCUUGAGUCUCAAGGACCCCAGUUGAGCCUUUAUCUUUCAAUCCUAUCACCCAAAUAUAUGGCCCAUGACUCCCCUAAAAGGCUUAAACAGCUGUAAUCUCCCCUAGUCCCUGAUGACUCUUCCGACCUCCUUUUUCUCCACUCCUCUGAUGCUCCAGUUAGCUCCUUUUCACUAAAAGAGAGGAGAGACAGGAGCAGGUGAAACACUCACUCUGGCAUGUGCAAAGCAUCAACAUUUCUUCCUGACCUUUGUCAAAUUAGAGUACAUCUGCCAAGACAUCGAUCCAGUCUCUCCCUUGUUAAACAAAUGCGGUUGUUUUUAACGUUAGACUUUUAUGCUGCCCGUUAAAUUCAUAAUUAUAAAAAAAAAAGUUAGUGGUCUAAACAACAUUAAUUGGUAUACUUCAUUAAGUACCAAAAUAAAAAAGAAAUUCAUGCCAAAAGCCAUUGUAGAUUUUAAUUUUAUAAGCAAGCUGCACAUACGCAUUCGUGAGUCUUCCCAUUGGAUUGUAUGCUUAUCUUUUGUGUUUGUGACUGAAAUCUGUCCCAACCAUUGAAAGUAAUUUUUCCUGUGGUCAGCUUUGUUGUUUUGUGUUAAUAUCUAUUAUAAAUAUAGCCUUAAAAUUCACUAAUGCACUUUAAAAUGCUCGUGCCAUUUAAGUAAUUUCACAGAGUUAAAAAAACUGAUACAUAUCCUGCUUUUUGAUGGAGACAGCAGUGUUAGCAAAUUUUUGUCACCUCUUUAAAUUUGAGGGGGGCAGAUCUAAAGCUUAAAAUUUAAAACAAAUAAAGCAUACCUGGAAAAAAAAUGUAGCCAAGUUUCUGAAACUAUACUAAUCUUAGAAAUUGGUCUUAGGAGCUCAAACAUAGCAAGUAAUUAAUAAGUGUUAGCUAAUAACCCAGUUGGAAUGUUUGUUUAAAAUAUCAAGUUAAUUUCUACUGCAAGUUUUUACUGCAUUUUUAUCUUUUGUGAGAUCUAUAAAAGAAAUUCCACUAACUAGAAGCAUAGUAAAUCAAAACUACCACCAGUAGACAGUUUGAGAGUAUUUUGUUUUUCAAAUCUUUAUAAUUUAAUUAUGACAUUUUCCUCCCCCUAUGGAAAAUAAGUUCCAAAAUCCCAUUUUUAAUGUGUUCAUCCACACUUAUUACUUCAAUAAAACUGAAAUAAUUUUAUGGAAGCACUAUGAUACGGUCUGAACAAAAUCAGAGUUCCAAAAUUUGGGAAGUGUUCAAGAUUGUGAAAUGUUACCUUUUGGAUGUUAACCAAUGUUGCAAACGUUUAAAAGAGCAAUGCAAUGCAACUCUUUUGUAACUCUGAUUUUAAGGAUAGGACUCAUACUCAUUUCCUAGCUAACACUUGUCUGGGGCAUCUAUUGUACAUCACUGUUGUGAGGCUGGAACUUUAGUUGACUUUAUCUAAAUCCAAGAAGCAGAGGGUCACAGUGACAGUAGUGUAAGACUUGUAACUGUCUACUUAGUGCAUUAGCUGCAGCCUUCGUAUAUCAUAUACCGUAUAGAUCUUCAGACAUAGUGCCAAUUUUAGAAGCACGUAAUUAUGCAUAUUACAAACUAUAUAUUUUUUUUUGGCUGAAGAAGUGACUGUUUGAGAAUAACAAUAUGGACUUAAAAGGCAAUAAAUUAUUUUUUUUUAAAAAAACAUACACAAAAAACUGCCACUGCUUUUUUUUUGUGCUACUUCAUUUUAGCUUAUAAAAGAAAUUUCAUUAGGUGUAUUUAAUUCUGCAUCACUUAGAUUGUACAGACUUAUUAGCAUAGAAAAAAAAAUUUUUCAGGUCUAUCGCACAUUUUUGUUCUCUGUUCCAGCAUUAAUAUUAAAUGACUUUCUUCCCUGCUUGUGAAGUGAUACUCACAUAGUUCAACAUCAAGUUCCUGUUUCUUUUUAGAUUUUGUGGUUAUUUUGUUUGUUCGCUCUGCAGUCCCGUUCACAUCUUGGCCAACUGUGGGAUAGAUUCUGUCUCACCAUUAACUCCUUUGACUCUAAUGAAAUGAAGUUCAAACACUGAAAGGACUCCGUAAUUUGGCAAUGGUAGUGACCAUAAUUUACCUUAGCUUAUUCCACUGUAAAUUGAAAUGUAUCAGGAGUACCUGGGACGCUUGUCCCUCUUCUUGAGAGGAGUGGGAGAGCCCUGCCCCGCCCUAUAACAAAAAGUAAAAUGAAUGAGAUGUCAGUUAGAUCGGAGAGGCUAAUAAUACUCUAAAACCAAGCUUCAGAAAUUGCUUCAUGAACAUUGUCAGGUCAAUAUUGUGUUUGCUUAUUAGUUGGACGGAAAGCACAUGUGGACAUUCAUCUACCCGGACCCCAGGUCAUUCAUGAUUCAUCCAAAAUGGCCAGAUGGAUGGUUUGUGGUCUUUGUAGCAGCAAAAAGUCCUGUGCUUGGACUUGGGACUGGAUUUAUGUACUGUAGCAUUUGUAUAUAAGGCUAAACCAUGGAUUCAUACUCUGAACAUUAUUAGAAUUUUUGACAAUGUAAAGUAGAUCACAUUGAAUGUAACUGAUAUUAGCUGUAUUUGAGAGAAACCAUUUGUCAUUUGAAAAUAUUCAACUUUUUCAUUGAUAUGAUUUAGAUAUAAGCCACACUCAAGAUAUAUUCAGUAUAGAUUUAGUACACGAUAUGGAAAAGUUCAAGGGAGGGUCAAAUGGAUGUGAAAGGGCCCCAGAAAUUGCUGAAAUAGUGUCAUUUCGGAUUCUUCCUUGUAGCCAGCAACCUGUGCUGUCCGUCAUUGGCUUCCUGCAAACUUGUUAGGUGUUCACCUCAUGCCCCAGCUGAGGCCAUAGUCUCAAUAAUCUAAUAAGUUCUUCAAAAUAACAUAAGAUGUUUUUCAUUAAUGUAUUUCUUCCUCUAUGUCCACAUAUAAUUUUAUUGUUCCUUUCAAGUAAAUACUAUCUAAAUAUUUACCAUCAAUAUCUGAUUUUUUUCAGUUUAUAGAAAAUUAGCAUGCUUUAUGUUCCUUUAUCAAGAAAAUUCUAGAUAAACUAUCAUGGUUUUUUAUCAGCUGGCUACAAACCAUUUUUGUGACUCAUUCUUUUAAAAAGUUCCAUAUGGCAAUAGCUGACUUAUUUGAUUAUUUUCUUCAUAAUUAAAAUUCUGUAGGUUGUAUUGAAAAAAGUAAGCCAACCUUAUAUUUCAUAUGAAACCUAGAACAGUAAUUGGUUUAUAUAUAUGUCAUUUACCUUGACAAGGACAAUCUGUUACAGAUUUUUAAUAUGAAAACUGACAAUCUUGUUGCUUAUGAAAUCGGUUAUUAACUUCAUAAGUAGUAAAUUUUGGGAGGUCACAGAAGCAAUUUUGUGUAGAAGGAACACGAAAACAGUGGCAUUAAAAUGUUAUUAAGUUAUGUUAAAGCAUUAUUUAUUAAGCUGCAACAAUUAGUUGCUUUGUUUCUAUUUUAGACAGAAUUCGUUAUAAGACAUUCAUGAAGUAAAUAUAUGUAUGUAUAUCUAUUGCAAAAGUGUGGGACAAUUAAAUUAUUCAUGUUCUCUUUUCACAAAGAGUAUAAACUGCUAAAAAGAAAAACGUUUGGGUGUUUAAUCUGUUACUACUAUAUAUUCAGAAAUUACAGUUCUAAGGAAUAAUUAUCUUCUAUCUGAAUUAUCAGAAUAUAUCUCAUUUUAACUAUAUUCUCCUGAACAAUAACAAAUGAGAAGAGGUUUCUUAAUUUUAAAAUGAAUGACUUUCACUAGUAGUUUGUACCAGAUCUUGUCUGUUGUUCAUUAUGGCACAUAUUUUUCAUUUUCUGUAAAAUUUGUAGUCAUUUUCCAAAUAAUAUGUCAUAAUAGAUGUCAUGCUUAAAAUGAGCCUGGUUGAAAAGAGAUUUUCUUUACUUUUUUCAAUGAUAUUGGAAAAUAUUUAUGUAAUUUUAUUUUUUAACUUUUUCUACAUUUCACUAUUCAUACUGUUAACUUUGGUAUUCCUAAAACUAUGUGGAGGAAACCAUUUUUAAUAUAUUUUAAGAAAGAGGAAGGUAGAAAUAAAAUAAGAAAAUAGAUAUUAAUAUUAUGUAGAAAUCCUUGAAAGAAAAUUGGAAAGGAAAACACAAGUUCUAUUGAGAUAAAAACGUUGGAAAAUAGGGAGUAUUUAAAACUUUAAUUUCUUACAUUGUUACAGUAAUCGACUUCUUACUUCCAAAUGAUUGUUUCAUGCUGUUGGUUCCAUGAAUUGUGUUUUUAACAUAAUAUAUAAUUUUCCCCACCAUUUUAGUGUUUUUACAUUAAUUACUGAAAGAGAGAAAGAAAUUGGUGACUAAAAGCCAGGGAAACUGGGUUUCUUCCCGUUUUCCAAUAGCACUAAUGAGCAGUCCCUUUGACCUUCCAUACGGUGCUUUGUGUGAUGAAUGACAUUUAUAUAUGUGAUUAGUGCCUUAUUUUUUUCACUUGACUUUAUUUCUUCUCUAAAGAGCCAUAUAUUUGUCGUGCGUGUUCCUCGGUCCCUCUCUUUAAAGUGCUGGUGAGACACUGUACCUUUAGGGAUGUCUACGGGCCGCUUUUGCUGCCUUCGUCCACUGUAUUAGCUCUAGAACAGCAGGUUAGACAAUGUAUUUUUUUUUAAUUCAUUGUUCAUUUUUAUGCUAACGUAUUUUUAAAAAGGGUAAUAAACACCGUAAAUUGAAGCCAUUAUAGUUGAAAUGUAUUUUUAAACCACAAAAAAGAAUGCUGAUUAUUAAAGUUUAAAACAGGAGUUGGGAUGGUUAUCAGUCUUGAUCUGUAUAGCUCCAAUUAAAUGGACAAAAUUACUUCACAAAAAGCAUUAAAAAUAAAAAUAAUUAGAUGGUACUUCAGGAAUUUGACCAGUUCCCUAUGACUUGUCUUUCGCAAUCUCGUACCUGUAAUCUGCUCCCACCCAGAUUCUGAAGAACUGUGGUGUUUGCCAUAUACCCAUCGUGAUUCAUUCAGAGUGGGCUUUGUCGACAUCAAGACAUUUUGUAUAAUAUAUUCUUUUUGCUCUUCUUGGUCUGCCUUUUGUGUUAGCUUUAUACAAAAAGCUGGUUUUGUUGUAUUCGUUAUGUACUAUAGUAUAUUUUUCAACUUUUCCUGAUGAAUGUAUGAUGAAUAAUUAAAAUAAAUCAUAUGCUUAGAAAAGACAAAGACACAGGUUGUAUAUGCAAAUAUGUGUAAAUAUUCAACAAAGAAAAAAGGAGGAAAAGCAUCUUUCUGCCAACAGAUAUGUCCUGCUGGACAGGACCUGGAAAUUUAACAGAUUUUUUUUUAAGCAGUGAAAUUUUAAAAUCUAUUACCUCAAGAAUUUUCAGUGGCUGCGUGUCAGUGGACUGCUGCUUCUUAGUAAAUACACGCUCACUUGCUGCUGGCAGUAAAAGCAACCCAAGUGUCAGAUCACACAAAUUUUAGGGGCAAGUCUUUCAAAAGAUGGAUACCUGGUGAUAUUUGGAGCCUGAUUUUGGACUUUCAGUAAUGUCCCUACAGCCUUUUGUUGGGCUUGGGCUUUCUGUUUUAUUGGUUUGGGUUGGUUGUUUCAGAGUGGAAGGGUAAUCAUAAUUAUGAGGUCAGAUCUCAUGGAAGGAUAUAACAACACUCACUCAACUUGGAUGAAAACGAUCAUGGAAAUCAGCUAUUUUGAUUGCCACUGUACAAGCUGUUGUAUGGAUUCCUGUGCAGUGCUGUGUACUCGCACAAUGUGGGCGGAUACAUCGUGCAGUGUCAUCUAGCAAUGCUAAUAAAAGUUUGUAAAAGAGAA